GAUUGCGGAGCUUAAUUGUUAAGCUUAAUUCGCCCAGCCACAAAAUUCGACCCACAAAUAUACCAUCUGGAAGCUGAAGCUGAGCUCAGCAAUGUCCACGAUGCAAGGAAUCAGACUUCAUCGACCGAAUUGGGAAACUCCAAAUGAAGACAACUAUUUUUCCGCCAAAAACGCGGUCGUGCAACCCGCGCGAUGUAUUUAGUAUAAGAAGGUCGUCGCCGACCUGGUCUAUCUACACUUUCCAGAUCAUCAUCUCAUCCGCCUUCAACUCAAUCUUCGAGCACCGAUCUUCAUCCGCUCUUGUCACAGGUUCAUAGCCUUGGAACUCAUCUGCCUCUCAUUCUUCUCCCGUACUUCAAAAUGAAGUUUUCUUCUCUCUUCGGUGCUUCCGCCCUCCUUGGGUCUGCCCUCGCAGACACCACCAAAAUCCCCGGAAAUUGGUUCCAUGAUGACGAUGGAUACGGCAAGGGUCACAGAGCCGCCAUGGCCGCCGUCCCCAUGUUCCACUUCGGGCGCCCCCACGGGUACAAGCCAUGCUACCCAGAGUCAGCGCAGAUCAACGGGCAACAAGCCAACGGAAACGACCCAGACAACGGCAACUGGGCAAACCUAAACAAGGGAUGCGCCGACCCCGGCGAAUGGCUCAGCCCCAAGAAGGGCGGUCCGCUCCAGGGAAACCCGUUCCCGGUAUACUACACCAUCAACCAAUGCAAAGACCACGAGUUCCGCGUGACGUACAGCAUCUACUUCAAGCACGACUCGGGGCACAAGAGCGACUGGGAAGGCGUGACGGUAGUCUGGAAGGGCGACAACAACAACAACUGGGAGCGAACGCACCUCAUGUUUGGCCAGCACGGCGGGUACGACGUGAAGCAGUGGAAAGACAUCCAGAACACAUUCAACGGUAAAUCCGACCAAUCCACCAACGGCGCGCAGAACAAGAACUACGCGAAGGUAUUCGUCGGCGCCUUCUACCACGCCAUCUUCAACACGCGCAAGACCUCGAUCGACACCGCCGACCCCGCCGACAAGCAGGCCGAGUUCCGCUCCAACGACUGGUUCAUCUGGCCUUGGGACAGCCUGGUUCAGCCUGGAUCUCUUAUCAACCCCGCCUGGCCCUGGGGACAAGCCGACACCAACCCUCCUACUCUUAGCAACCCGAGCAAGGGCGCGUAUAUCUGCAACCACAACAGUGAUAUUUAAUCGGGUGAUGAGGUUUAGAGAGCGAAUGAAUGCGAAAUAUGGGCAUCUGACAUACUAUUAAGACGAGUUUACCUAUGUUGAGAGGCAAUGUUGGGGGGGCAAUGUUGUGAUGAGUGGGAUGUAUUCCUCCCUCAUUUUUUCUUCUGUUCAGAAUAAACUUCUUCGUAUAUACAUUUAGGAUGAUAGACUAUAUAUAAAACUUACUUGAUUCACUCGA